AUGAACGGAAUAUUUGCAGCUGACCUUGCGGCCUAUCUGAUCCUCUCGCCGAUCGUUGUUUACAAUUUCAUAACCCACAGAUGGACCGGGUUUUUAGCCUGGUACUCCCUGACCAUGUUCUGUUCCGCUCGAGUCAUUGGAGGUGCUCUAGGAGUUCGCAACGCCAGCAGCAUGACAGCAAACAUAAUCCAGAGCGUGGGCGUGACGCCUUUGAUUCUAUGCGUUGACGGAUUGGUUCAUGAAGCUCGAACGUAUCGCUAUCCCUAUGCUAGCCGUCGCCUCAACUGGUCCGUUGUGGUUGGGACAUCAGUCACCAUGGUGGGAGCUAUAAGUCUCUCCAUCAAGGCAUGUCUGGAUAUUUUCGAGAACAAAGCACAAUCCGACGAUUAUUCAUUAUGGAAGGCUGGAUCAGCCCUGGUCGUUGUAGUUUGGAUCUUCCAGAUUGGGUGGUCGAUUUAUUCCCUGCAUUUCCACGAUAAAGGGAUUCAAGGUCCGGGAUAUCAAGGCGGCACUGCGCUCCUUCAGGGUGCGCUGGUUGCACUAGCAUUUAUCGGUGUCCGUGUCAUCUACGCACUUGUUGCUGUUUGCACCGAGAGCAAAGAUCUUAGUCCGGUCUAUGGGCUAAUGUCUGUACGCGUUCUUCUCAUGUUACUUCCGGAGUUAUUUGCGACCGUAACCAUCAUAGUCGUUGGUGUCCGCACCCGACAUCUCCGCGAACUGAAAGAUGAAACGGACUAUGGAAAGCUUGAUGUCGUCCAGCCGACUUCGGUUGGCAUUGCGGCUUAG